AUGCUUAAACCAUGGGUUGAUCCUAAUGAGAUGUUAAAUGGAAUAGGAUUCCAAAAGUUUUUGUUCUUGAGUUCCUCGAGGAAGUCUAGGUCUGAGGAAGCUACUCUUUAUUGGAGCCAUUAUCACAACACAAAUCACUUUGAAAUCACCCCUUUAAUCAGAGAUAACCAAUCUGAAGCCAUUAAUCCACCCCCUUUUACCCCUCUCCUCAAUUCUUCUACCCAAUUAGUCGAGUCAAAUGCACUUGUGCAAGAGAAAGUCAAAGUCACCCCAAAAAAGAUCCAAAUAGAUGUCAUUAAGCCAAAUAUUUCAACAACACCAAUUUUCUCCUCUGAUCCUGUAAGAAGACAAAAGCGUUAUCUGAGAGAUAUAAAGACAUUAUCACCAUAUGAAGCACUCAUAUAUGCCAAAAAGGAGAUUGACACUGUCUCAUAUGAUAUCAAUCACAAUGAUCCAAAUCUAUACGCUCCUUUAUUCAGAAAUAUAUCCGUUUUCAAAAGGAGCUAUGAGUUGAUGGAAGUUAUACUUAAAGUAUAUGUUUAUCAAGAAGGAAAAAAACCUAUUUUCCAUAAUCCUUAUCUCAGAGGAAUUUAUUCCUCAGAAGGAUGGUUUAUGAAAUUCAUGGAAUCAAGCAAACAAUUUGUCACGCGGGACCCACAAAAGGCCCACCUAUUCUACCUACCAUAUAGUGCACGUCAGCUUCAACAUGCUAUCUAUGUUCCCAACUCACAUAAUAUCAAACCACUCUCACUCUUUCUACGCGAUUAUAUCAACAAACUUUCUUCAAAGUAUCCGUUUUGGAAUCGAACCCGUGGUUCGGACCACUUUCUAGUCGCUUGCCAUGAUUGGGGUCCGUACACGUUAAAAGAGCAUGAGGAACUAACAAAAAACACGAUAAAAGUUUUAUGUAAUGCGGACACAUCGGAAGGCGUAUUUGUCGCCGGAAAAGACGUUUCCUUACCGGAAACCACCAUCGGAAACCCGAGAAGACCGCUAAGAAACAUGGGCGGCAAAAGCAUCUCCCGCCGCCCGAUCCUGGCUUUCUUUGCCGGAGGGCUACACGGUAGGGUCCGGCCGAUCCUCCUAAAACAUUGGGCUAAUAAAGAUGAUAAAAUGAUAAUAUCUGGGCCUAUGUCCUAUAAACAAUCUCAAACGAUGUCGUAUUCUCUUCACAUGAAAUCCAGCAAAUAUUGUAUUUGUCCAAUGGGAUUUGAGGUUAAUAGUCCGAGGAUUGUGGAGGCUAUUUAUAAUGAGUGUGUUCCUGUGAUUAUUGCUGACAAUUUUGUUCCUCCGUUGAAUGAGGUGUUGAAUUGGAGGGCUUUUUCUGUGAUUGUGGGUGAGAGUGAUAUUCCUAAAUUGAAGGAGAUUUUGUUAGGAAUUUCUUUGAAGAGGUAUCGGAUUAUGCAACAUAAUGUGAAAAUGUUGCAAAGACAUUUUUAUUGGAAUCGGACGCCUGUGAAAUAUGAUAUGUUUCAUAUGAUACUACAUUCGAUAUGGGUUAGUAGGCUAAAUCAAAUUCAAGUAUAAGAGUCGUGACACGUGUAUGAAUGUAUGAAUGUGGAAAUGUAUGUAUGAAUGUAUUUGUUGAAUAGAUUGGUUUUGCUAAGGGAACACUUUUUUUUUUUUGUGGUAUAAAUUACAAUGAGAGAAACUUGUUUAUAAUAUUAUAUAUACUUUGAAGCUUGG